AUUCAAGUUUAAAAAAAGACGUAGUAAGGGACAAGAAGAAACAAAGAGAUACAGAGUUGGAACGCAUACAUUUAAAUUUUCAGAGUGAUGGAGCAUCAUCUGGUGUAAAUAAAACUGUAAGAUUUGGAGCAAUUGGGCUUGGAAGAUGAGGCGGGGGGCAAUGAGAGUGAUGGAGAUGGUGAGGUGGAAUGGGAGGAGGGGCGUGACAUACAUGCCACGGCCGGGGGACGGGGAAGCGCGGGCGGUGACGAUGAUACCAGGGGAUGGCAUAGGUCCCCUUGUCACAGGCGCUGUCCAGCAGGUAAUGGAGGCCAUGCACGCUCCUAUUUUCUUCGAGACAUUCCAUGUGAGUGGCAACAUGACCAGCGUGCCCUCGGACGUCAUCGACUCCAUCCGCAAAAACAAGGUGUGCUUGAAGGGCGGCCUGGCGACGCCAGUGGGCGGCGGUGUGAGCUCUCUGAACGUGCAGCUGCGGAAGGAGCUGGACCUCUUUGCCUCGCUCGUCCACUGUUUCACCCUCCCUGGCCUCCCUACCCGCCACGACCACGUUGAUAUUGUCGUUAUAAGAGAGAAUACAGAGGGGGAGUACUCUGGCCUCGAACAUGAGGUCGUUCCCGGCGUUGUCGAGAGCCUCAAGGUGAUAACAAAGUUUUGUUCAGAGCGGAUUGCAAAGUAUGCCUUUGAGUAUGCAUAUCUCAACAAUCGGAAGACGGUAACUGCAGUGCACAAGGCUAAUAUCAUGAAGCUUGCAGAUGGGCUCUUCUUGGAAUCAUGCCGUGAAGUUGCAAAGAAAUACCCGGGAAUUAAGUAUAAUGAGAUUAUUGUUGAUAACUGUUGCAUGCAACUUGUUUCAAAACCUGAACAGUUUGAUGUGAUGGUUACUCCUAAUCUAUAUGGUAAUUUGGUUGCAAAUACGGCUGCUGGUAUUGCAGGUGGCACUGGAGUUAUGCCUGGAGGUAAUGUUGGUGCAGAACAUGCUGUUUUUGAGCAAGGAGCCUCUGCUGGGAAUGUUGGAAAUGAAAAAAUAUUAGUGCAGAAGAAGGCAAACCCAGUAGCAUUGUUAUUGUCUUCCGCAAUGAUGCUGCGGCAUUUGCAGUUUCCUUCAUUUGCAGAUCGCCUAGAACAAGCUGUUAUUGGGGUCAUUAAAGAAGGGAAAUACCGUACAAAAGAUCUUGGAGGGGAUAGUACUACUCAGGAGGUAGUUGAUGCUGUGAUUGAAAAGCUUGAUUAAUGAACAAUCUUACCAUGGAGCAAUCCAACCAAGAAAGAGGUUUAAUAUAUUCUGAAUUAGAAAAGAUAUACAUGUACUAGGCGAAUGUAUGACAUCUGCCAUAAAAUUCCUUAAAAACCAGGAAAGUUUCUGUUUCUGGUUAAACUGCUGUGUUGUGAAAUAAGCAAACAGAGCAUGCCAUGAAUAAUUCGAACUGUUAACAAGUCUCUUGUCUCUUCUUAUAAUCAUUUCCACCAAUCGUAAAGAACAUUGGAGAGAUUUGGAUUGUAAUCUCUCUAGUUCUUUUUCUUUACAUAGAUUUGUACUCGUAGUUUCAACAGCAACCGUCUUUACUUAUUGAGCGUGUCAUUAAUUUAA